UUGAAUCAAAUAUUUUUCGAGAAGGGUUUACUUUGAACACCAUUAUUGACAGUAAUCCGUAAAAUAUUUAAAAUGUUAUCUAUGGUGCGAGUAGAAAUUUUAUUUCUUUUUUAUGCAUUAUUUGGACUUGCGGUAAGUGCUUCAGGUUAUAACAAUAUCGAAUCUUCAAUUGAUAGCAAUACUUUGGGAAAGUUUUCCUCAGAUCCCUGUUCUGGAAAUCCCUGUUUGAACGGUGGCACUUGCAGAAAUGGAUUGUUUGGAUACAUUUGUGUGUGCAAAGCACCUUUCCAUGGACCAAGAUGUGAAUAUGAUUGGUGUCAUCCUAAUCCUUGUAAGAACGGUGGACAUUGCUUAGCAAGAACCGAUGGCUAUAGAUGCACUUGCAAAGUACCCUUCUCUGGAAAAAACUGCGAAAGGGAUCCAUGCUCGGAAAAUCCAUGCUACAAUGGCGGAACAUGCGUACAGACGGGAUUCUCAUUUAAAUGUGAAUGCAGAUACCCAUACACUGGAGACGUUUGCCAAGAUGCUGAAAUAUGCAGAAAUAACCCAUGCUACAAUGGGGGUACUUGUCAGCCGCAUGGAGACACAUACAAGUGCAGAUGCCCUUCACCUUAUUCAGGCGUAAAUUGUGAAAAAACAUCUUGUUCUGAAAAUCCAUGCUUGAAUGGUGGCACUUGCAAAAACAGCCUGUUUGGAUACAUAUGUGUCUGCGAACCACCUUUCUAUGGACCACAUUGUGAAGAAGCUAACUAAUUUCUAUGCUUAUAGAUAACUGUUAUAAAUAUAUAUAUAGUGACAAGAGAAUUUUAAAU